UCUCUUCAGUUCUUUUCAGUGGUUCUUCGGUUCUUUUCAGUGGUUCUUCGGUUCUUUUCAGUUCUUUUCAGUGAUCUGCUCUGCUCCAGUUGUUCAGAGAUGCUCAGAAUCUUGCGGGAUCAUGUCAGGAAACAUCCUGGACUUAUUCCACAGUUCUUCUUCAUAUGUUUAGGAUUUGGAGGAGCAGCUUUUUAUCUGGUUCGUUUAGCCAGGGGCCCUCAUGUCACAUGGAACAAAACCAGCAACCCUGAACCCUGGAACCAGCUCAGCCCGAGCUACCAGUAUAAGUUUGUGGCGAUCAACACAGACUACGAGAACCUGAAGAAAGAAGGUCCGGAUUUCUAAAACUACCCAAAAAACAUUUUGGUACCAAUAAAUGUGCUUUAUUAUUCUAACUAGCAAAACUGAAAGUGAACUUUAUAGACGUAGCGAGUGAUAUUUUAUUUGAUCUUAAAUAUGAGUGUAAAUGAGCAUGUUAAUACCUCCUGUGUGUGUGUGGGGGGGGGGGGGGGGGAAUGUUCAUUUCUACAUUCAGUCUAAUCAUGUAAAAUAUGAUGUUUAAAUGUAUCGGGACACACCUUUAAAUGAGUGAAUUCAUGUGUUUAAGCCACAACAUUCGCUAACAGGUGCAAUACAUUUUAUAUGAGGGAAAUGACAUUGCAGCAACAGUUUAGGGAAGGCUUUUUAGGAAGCCCCUGUGCACAAAGCUCUGGUGAAACUCCAGCGUCCUGCUUAGAGACCCUGACAUCAGAACAGCCCUGGGAUUAACCAAAACACCAACUGAUCUGGAUAUAUGUGAAGGUACCAUUCAUGUGGAGCUGUUUAUUGGCAUUUUGGAUGCGUCUCAUUCAGCAGGAUUCGUAGACACAGAGUGCGUGUGCUUGACCGACCUGCCUGCAGUCCAGAUCUGUCUCCUGUUGAAAACACCCAGCGCAUCAUGAAGAGGAGAAUCAGAGAAUCAGCAUUAAACACAUCCCCGUCCCUACUUUUUUUGGAAUCUGUUGCAGGCAUCAAAUUCUAAAUGUGUUUGUUGAAUCUUUUCUUUUAUCUGUUAAAUAAAGACUCCAGUGAAUGAACACA